AUGACACUUCGAAAGGUUCCCCUUAUCAAUUCGAUGAGUGGCGAAAUGCCUAAGGGGCGUCCUAAGUUGCAGCUUUAUCCGCUGCAUUUGCCAGAACAGUUCAAAACUCCUCAGCACUUUCCAGCUUGGAUGAAUGAGUGUGAUCAGUUGAUUGAUUCAAUCGAUCGAACGAAGGAACAAGCAAAAGAAUGGGACCAGUGGUAUCGCGAAACGUAUCUGAACAAGCAACCUCCUGGGAUCUUGGACAUGGAAUUACUGCUUCCCAAGAAAAGGUGA